AAGAAACUUGAUCACUAUAUAACAUCACCGACCCUGUCUCUCCGUCUAUCUGUCUGUUCCCCGCCCAAGUACCCCAAAACAGGCAGACACUCGCCAUCAGAGCAUCGUGGACAGGCCAAGCAAGCUAGCCCAGGCAUCCCUGCUCCAACCAUUUACCAUCACAUCAAAUCGACCCCCGAUUUCGCUUUGAGUCAUACCUCCCAAAAUCACGACAUAUCAGUCACCGUCGGUGCACAGUCACACAAAAUGUCGACAACAACCACGGCCACCGCUGCUUUUCCUCCCCACACACAACAACAAUUCCGGUCUUCCUCCUCCCCUCUUCGCCUCGCCGUCCAGAAGAAGAAGAUGAGCAUUACCCAGACCUACUACCUCGCCCACAAGGCCCGGGCCAAGCUGUCCUCGGAGGCGGCUCGCGCCGACCACGACCUCCGCUUGCUCGUCGGCCACGCCAACCUCCUCGACUCUCUGAUGCUCGACCUCGCCGAUGCUGAGCGGGAACAAGAAAGAUGGUUCAACCAAUCCGUCCGCGGUGCCACCAAGACCGAGGAACGUCACGUACAAUGGGCCGACUCCGUCGUCGAGGACCCAGAAGACGACUGGCAUGCCGACGACGCCUCCGACUCGGACGACUCCUCUUCGGAUUCCGACGAUGAUUACGACGAGCAUGAUAUUGAGAUGGCGAACACCGUCUCUCUCCGCCGCAUGCCCUCCGCCUCGGCUGUCCCCACAUCACUAAAGAUCACUACCAAGGAGGUGUCAGAAGACUACGACAUGGAGGACGACCUCGAGGAGGACUACGCACAGCUCGAGCUCGUCCGAACACCAUCCCAUUCUAGCAGCAGCUCACCGCCAGAGCUGGAGCACGACUCCGACAUCUCAGAUGACGAGUCGAUGCCUCCGUCCCCGCCAAACGCCGUGCUCACUUUCACUGAGAAGGAUGCCAAGGAAGAGAUCUCGCAACAGCAACAACAACAAACCGACGAUGGCUCCUUCUACUCAGAAGGCUACUACUUGCCGCCUCGUAAUCCAGCAAGGCUCGUGUCUGCCAUCUCGGUGUACUAAAGAAAAAGUACACGUCCGAGCAUGGUCUCACACUUCCGUGUCUGUGAUUUUGUAUGAUCCCUUCUUUUGGUCUAUACAGCGAGCGUUUGGCAUAUUACGGCGUUUCCCUAUCGAUACCCCAAAACUAUGGCAUGGGAUAACGAUUAUGGCACCUUUUCAUUUACAACAUGACAGCAAUGUCACCAGUCUCGGGAACUUUCUACUCAUUUCAUUUUUUUCCUAUGU